AUGCACGGCAGCCGCAAAGUUUUGAGUUCUGUGAAACCCGUAAUGGUUGCCCACUUUGUUCCGAAUGUUGAAAAUGUUACCGCCACACUGCACCCCUCUGACUUAUGGUACCGGCCCCAUCCGUUUUUCGCUUCGACAGAUGACGCCAUCCUAUUCAUGGGCGUUCUGGAUUUCCUAUUCCUUCUCUCGUACGCUGCUGGUCUCUACGUGAGUGGAUGGCUUGGUGAUCGUGUAGACCCUCGAUACGUCCUUGCUGGAGGUAUGCUUACUGGCGCCGCUGCGACGUUUCUUUUCGGCGUUCCCCCUGAAUGGGGACAUUUUUACAACCGAUAUUGGUACGCUGGCCUGUGGCUUGCCAACGGCUUCCUUCAGGGCCCCGGAUGGCCUGCCUGCAUUUCCCUCGUCGCGCAUUCCUUCCACUCGGCUCAUGGUCUCAUUCUAGGCAUCUGGUCCUCCUCAGCUGGCUUCGGAAAUAUCAUCGGUGCCAUUCUCUCAUCCGCAGUCAUCGACUACGGCUACGAGUACGUCUUCCUAACGAUCUCUCUCAUUCUCGCCGCGGGAGCAGUUAUUACCUUCUGCGGUAUACCAGCAAACGUCGUGGAAAAAUCAACCGCCUCUGCCGCCCCACACACUCCAGAAUCUCGCAACCUCUCCUUUUGCCGUGUUCUCCUACUCCCCGGCGUGAUUUGCUACGCGCUUGCAUUCGCCUGCCUAAAAUUGGUCAAUUACUCCCUGUUCUUUUGGCUGCCCUACUACCUGCACAACAAAUUCGGCUGGGACGCGGGCGCUGCCUCUGCCCUGUCCGCGUGCUACGACCUGGGUGGUUUGUUCGGUCAAAUUAUAGCCGGUGGCAUCUCCGAUCUGCCGUGCAUUUCCCGACAUUGGGUCAACACCGUCUUUCUGCUUGCCUGCGUGCCGUGUCUGUUCGCCUACCGUGCCACACCGGGAACCUCGCUGGCUCUGAAUGGUUUCGUGAUGAGCGUCACUGGCUUCUUCGUCGCCGGACCCUCCAACCUGCUGUCGGCAGUGCUGGGGACAGAUCUCGCCCGCCUGCCCAGCCUCCGAGGCAAACGCGUUCUCUCCACGGUAACUGGCCUUAUUGACGGCACGGGAAGUUUUGGGGCGGCGUUUGGUCAGCUGCUGGUGCCUUUCAUGCAAUCCCACUAUGGCUGGAACUCAGUUUUCACCCUUUUUAUCGUGUGCUCUGUUUUAACCCUGCUAUUCGUCAUCCCACCGCAUAUCCAAAGCGUUAGAUCUCGGGAAACUCCCCACGAAGAACUUGUUCCCUCGUCUGACUAG